CAAGUUGAGGAAGACUUAAAACCAUUUAAAAGUGGCAUCACCAAAUCUAUGGUGGAGAAUGCAUCACGAAAAGGUACUCGUUAUCAGAUUAUUGAUGGCAAAAUUUACCGAGACUCUAAAUGUCUUUUUGUACCCAGGUGCGAAGGUGUGCAACAUUAUCUGCUUCAAAUUGCUUCAACAUUACCAAAUACGGAAUUUGUUAUCAAUUUUCAAGAUUUUCCACAAGUUUCCAAUAAGCAACCAGCAUUGCCCAUUUUUUCGUUCAGUAAGGAUGGGAACCAUAACGAUAUUCUGUACCCAACUUGGUCAUUCUGGUCUGGCGGACCAGCAAUCCCACUUUAUCCGUCUGGAAUUGGAAAAUGGAAUCAAACGCGACAGACAAUCUUGAGAACAGCUGAAUCUGUGGCUUGGGAGAGCAGAAAAUCAAUUGGAUUUUUUCGUGGUUCACGAACAAAUAUUAAUCGAGACAAGUUAAUUCUACUCUCAAGGGAAAAACCCGACUUUAUUGAUGCCCGUUAUACCAAAAAUCAAGCUUGGCGUUCUAAUGCGGAUACUCUGGGAGAAAAACCCGCACGGGAAGUAUUAUUUGAAGACCACUGCCGCUAUAAGUAUCUAUUCAAUUUUGCGGGUGUUGCUGCCAGUUUUCGUCAUCGACAUAUACUACUUUGUGGAUCGACCGUAUUUCACGUGGAGGAUAGAUGGAUUGAAUUCUACUAUAGGCAACUGAUUCCAUGGUUUCAUUACGUACCGGUGAGCGCAGAAUUGGAAAAUGUUGAAAAGUUGAUCAGUUUUGCUCGAAAUCAUGACAAUCUUAUGGAGACUAUUGGGCGCCGUGGACAGAAAUUUAUCAAAGACCACUUAAAGGAGGACGAUGUGUUAUGUUAUUGGAAGCUUUUGCUGCAAAAUUAUACGAAACUCUUACGUUAUGUAGUCGUAAAGGACAACAGCUUAAUGAAAAUCGACAAAGAAAAUUUUGAUUUUUCACUAUGA